CUCGAUGUGAUUAUUUAUUUCCCUCUGAUAUGAGCUACUUGACUUGAGAUGACCCCCCAUUUGCACGAUUUUCAAUACGCCUUGUCAUGACCACUUCUUCUAUACACUUACCCCUGAUGUACCUCAUGUCAAUUUUCCCUUUUCUGUUCACAUCGCUUUGCGUUUGGCGUAUACCCGCCUGAUGAUCUUUGACUAUGUUGGAUAAUUGCUCGCAAGACAGGAUAGCUGUCUAUUUUUUUCCAAUUAACGCCUCUCUCCAUAUGUUACUUCUGAUCAAAUCCCUUUUUAUGAUAGAUUUAUUGAGCAGUAUUCUUCUCCGUGUUUUUUUCAUCAACUUUCUAGUCUAUGAUAGUUACGUUGUGGCAUGUAUUCUAAGGAAGAAAGAGUUUCUGGGGCACAGUAAUCUUCCAUUCAAAUUGAGAACAAGGAAUAUUUUUAAGGACUCUUAUCAAGCAUUGCAUGAAGUGAGCCGCUUUAAACCCUUUGGUAAACUGACUUCCCUUGAGUGACUGAAUAUGUAAUAAACAGAAUAAACAUACUAGAACCACAGCCAUGGAGCUGAUCAAGAAAAGCAGAACAUAAUCGUCCCCAGACUCUCGCCUAUAACAG